UCCAAAACCGACCAAACCAAUCCCUCCUCACACCCGUCAGUCACUCACUCCCACGGCUCGUCCAGCAACCCUCCCGCUCUCCGCGCCACCCCGCGCACGCACGCGCAGCCCAUGAUGGCAAGAACCGGAGCGCGCGCCGGGCGCCACGCCCUCCUGCUCGCCGCUCUCGCGCUCUGCGCCGCGUGCGCGUGCGUGCCGGCAGCCCACGCGGGCGCGCUCCGGGCGUCGGCCAUCUCCGCGGCGCCGGAGCCGUCGCCGUACCCGCGCCACGGCGGCCGCCACGCGGACGCCCCCUCCGCGCUCCCGCCGUCGCUCUCGCUCUCCCCGGACAUAAUGCCGCUGCUCCCGUCCCCGGGCCCCGGCGACGACGCGCUGGCGCCGUCGGACGCGGCGGCCACCAUCCCGUCCAGCCCGAGCCCGCCCAACCCCGACGCGCUCGAGCCGGACUCCGCGUUCGCGCCCUUCGGCUCCGCCGCGCCCGCCGCCGUCUCCGGGAUGCAGUCGUCCGCUCCGCCGCCACCCCGCGUGGCGUGGGCGGUGCUACCGGCCGUGGGGCUCGUGGCCGCCAUGUGGUUGGCGUAGUGGAUGAGGGACAGCAGAUGGAAUCCGUGAGGCCUCAGGCGUGCAGGGGAAAGUUGGCCAGCGGGUUGGUCGGUUGGCUAGGCUGGAUUUGCAUGCGCUCUUUAUUUUUGAAAAGUUUCCAGUAGUCUCUUGUAAAUUUCAUCCUUGAGUUGAUAAAUUGUUUCCCAGGUGCUUCACUCCAUAGCCUUUUUUUUGGUUUGUGAUUUUUGUUAUGUGGAGAUUAAUUGUUUGGGUCAUUCUUUUAAUAAGACUGGAUGGAUUGUUAGUUGA